AUGACGAUUUACUCCGUCGUGCACACUAAGACGGUGACUUUUUAUGGCAACAAGACUGACUAUACACCACCAUAUCCCACCAUCCAGACUCCGGUGUACUGUUUGGAAUCCUCAGAAGAGUCUCCAACUACAGACGGGUUUUCGCCUCACCUUGUCCAAGGCCCGGAGAAAACGACGACGGGUUUCUUCAGGGCCUUGAUGCCAUUUGCGCGACCACAGGUCACCUUUAUCACAACAGACAAAAAUCCCGCAGUCGUGUUCCCUUCUGACCCUCCGCCGAAUUACAACGCAAUCUGGUCUGACCCGUACCCAAAGCCCGUAAUGCACAAGUCCGUCUCGCCCCAGGACGACUCGGGCAGUCGGGGCGAUUCAGGCGGCCAGGGGCGGACAUCCGAAGGAAGCAAUCAACCACGUCCAACGUUUAGUCUGACAGCAAAGGGGAACGAGGUCAUCAUAAACAGCAAGACAUAUGCUUCGCUGAAACCGGACCAGGUCACGACGGUGGGGGUUGACGGGGGAAAGUUUACAAUAUAUCCCACAGCCAUCAUCGGCGAAGGGGCCACUGUCGCGAAACCGCCUCCUUUCCCGACCAAAUUUGGCUUCCCAUCGCCGACAGAGGGACAUGUCGGCGGGCUGGACGUGUCCUUGUCAGGCUCACGGGUUGCCAUUGCCGGGGUGGCGAUGACCAUGCCGCCCCAUGGCACGACGACAACCAUCCGGGGACAAAGGGUGACAAUCGACGCGAAGCGAAUCGUUGUCGGCACAAGCUCGCUCGAGCUGGAGCCGUGGCAAGCAGCGCCCGAAUCUGACGUUGUAGUUGCGGGGGGCGAAAUGCUUACAGUCGCGGGCAAAAGCGUCGUGGUUGUGCACUCAAAAACAAUUACGUACGGCCGCGACUCGACAACCACCCGACAAGUCGUUGGCGGCGACACAGUCACAAUUGGUCCCUUGGGCGUUACCGUGCAUGGCCUGACGCUCGGCGGCUCCCAAGCCAGGGAGGCAUACACGACACACGAGAUCAUUGGCGGAGCGACGGUUACCAAGAUUGCCCCGUCUGUCGCCAUCAUCAACGGCCUGACGUUCACCGUCGGACCGGGCUCACCUCUUUCAACUACAGUCAUUGCCGGCCAGGCGUUCACGCUCGGCCCCAUCGGCGUCAUCGUGUCCACCAUGACCAUCUCGCACCCGUUUGGUGCGACGGUUGUCGCGGCCAUCACGCCCACGGGGACCUGGCUCAACACGCUUCCCGUGGAGACGGCUUCUCCUCCCGGGGCCGACGAUGACAACAUUGGACCCUGUCUACGGCCGAGCCUGCCCUGUGCGGGCGUGGCACUCUGCAUAGCGAUUGGCGUUUUGGUAUGGCCAUGGAACUUGGUAUGA